CAGUCAUAGUACAGGAGAUGACCAGAGCCUGCAGACACAGUACAGGAGAUGACUAGAGACUGCAAACAUAGUAGAGGAUAUGAACAGACACUGUGGACAUAGUACAGGAGAUGACCAGAGACUGCGGACACAGUACAGGAGAUGACCAGAGACUGCGGACACAGUACAGGAAAUCACCAGAGACUGCGGACACAGUACAGGAGAUGACCAGAGACUGUGGACAUAGUACAGGAGAUGACCAGAGACUGCGGACACAGUAGAGGAGAUGACCAGAGACUGCGGACACAGUACAGGAGAUGACCAGAAACUGCGGACACAGUACAGGAGAUGACCAGAGACUGCGGACA